AUGGCGCUGUCAAACUUUUCUCCCGCCAUCCAUUUUGCGUAUGAAUGCGUGCGGUACGCUCUAUGGGAAGAACAAGAGGCGCCGGAGUACGACAUCGACUCGGAGGACGAGAGGUGGCUCAAACAACAAAGGCACGCGGAACUGACAGAAUGGAAGUUCGAACAGAUGAUGGACAAGCUGGAGAAGAGCUCCGGUCAGACCGUGGUGACACUAAACGAGGCCAAACUGCUUCUGGAGAGGCACGACGACCUCGUCACCGCGGUCUACGACUACUGGCUCAACAAACGGCUGAACACACAACACCCCCUCAUUCUGUCGGUGAAGACGGAGAACCGGCCGGGCCAGUCCUCGCACAAUCCGUACCUCGCGUUCAGGCGGCGGACGGAGAAGAUGCAGACCAGGAAGAACAGGAAAAACGACGAGAGUUCGUACGAGAAGAUGCUGAAACUCCGUCGGGACUUGGCGCGGGCGCUAACACUCCUGGAACUGGUCGCGAGGCGGGAGACCGCCAAGCGAGAGCUGGUCAAGCUCACGGCAUCCUUGGCGGAGCGACGGUAUGCGGCUGGUGACUUCGCGAACCAACUGCUGCCUGACCCACCGCCUAGGCCGGCGUAUCCCACCGUUCCGCUGACGACGUCAUCGUUUCGUGCGUACAGCGCACCCCACUACCCCCCGCGGGCGCCGCCCACUCCCCAAGAUCUGCCGAGACAGCGCGAGAAGCGAUCGUACAAGAAACGGAAACCACGACACCCCGCCGUCGGCACCGUGCCGGGGCUGCGAGAAGGAGCGAUGUGCUCGUCAUCAGAAGAGGAAAGCACGAGGCCGGAGGUGCCGCCAGUGGACGACGGUCCUUUUGCGUUCAGGCGGAAACCCGGCUGUUACUACGAGAUGCCGACGUCGACGUUGUGCGGGGACCCUCUCGAUCCGGAUAGACCGUCUCACGACGUUCUAUACGACCACGAACUCGACGAACGGUAUAGGUUCAACCUCACAUCCCUCAACUACCCGUAUCCUCAUUGCAUCGGUUUCGCGCGGCGGCGCGUCGGGCGCGGCGGGCGCGUGUUAUUGGACAGAGUGCGGACGCCGCUCGACGACCUCUGGCCGCGGCUGCCAUUCCAGUUCCAAGGGUCCACGGAGUACCGCCGGGAGCGGGACGAGGAGGUGGAGCUCGAGACGAAAGCGCAUCGGACGCCCAAAGAGAUGACCCGCGACUACCAUUCGGGCGGCAAGCAUCCCUGGAGGCACGCUUUCAGACAACACCUGGCCAAACACCCGCACCUCUGGACCGAGCCCAAGUCAGAACCCAAACCAGAACUAGAACUCAAGAUCGAAUUCGACCCAGACGUAACCGAGUUCAAAACAAACGAGUACGAAGCUAGUGAAAACAAAAUCAGUGAUACGGACGCGAGUGAAAACAAGAUCAGUGAUACGGACGCGAGUGAAAACAAAAUAAGUGAUGCGUGCGAUAAUAGAGUCAGUUUACGGGACAGUGUGACGUAUAAAGGGGUAGGGGGCAGUGACGCGGCCCGGACUAUAGAGUGCAAUGUUAAGGACAGCCUUGAUAGGGCUAGAAGGAAGCGGUCUUGGAGCGGGUGUAGCGAUUCGAGUUAUGAUUCUGAUGAGAGUCUACAGCCUGUUGAGAGGGAGUUUGAGAAGUUCAUCACCGAGGUCAAUAAGAAAUGGUUACACUUCCGACCUAAAACGCCGCCUCCCUCACCCCCCUCUCCAACCCCAGUCCCCGACGAUGUCCUUCCCAUAACGCUGGACACGCCCCUAGCGGUCGAACUUCGGUCACACCCCUCCGACAACUUACAACCCUUCACGACCACCGAGUUCACCCUAACCGACCUAUACGGAGAUAUCAACCCCGAAGAAAAAGACCACAGCGGUAGCAAUUUAGAUAUCAGCGGAGAGGAUUUGCUCGGUGAAAACUUCACCGGAUUGACCGAAGCUCAAGUGGAAAGCAUUCUGUCCGAGACGGAUCUUAAAGCGUUGGCCGAUGUGGAUUUGACUAAGGACGAUAAGAAGCUGCCCGAUGAGUUGUUGGAGUUGGUGAACGAUGAGAGAGAUCCUUUUUUAUUACAAGGCCAGGGCGCGGAUGGGCGUGCCGGCUCUGGCUCAAGGAAGCGGAAGGCGGACGCGUUCGGAUCCACCGCUGUACAGGUGUCGCCGCUGGCUAAGGAGACAAUGUACGUGGAGGCGCAGCGCUCGCCGCCCGCCACGCCCGCGCCCGCGCCCGCGCCGCCUCCCGCCAAGCCUGCCGUGGAACCGCCCAGCCGUACAGAGACCAUCGAGGAGGUGCAGCUGCCUAGGGGCGUGCAGUUGCAGACGGUACAAACGGCGCAUUCUCCAUUGAAGAAACACAUAAUAACGUCCGCGGCGCACAGACGGGCUAGCGACUCGGCGCAGGAAUCGCAGCCGCCGCAACUACUGGCUGUCGCAGUGUCGGAGAGCUUAAAGGUGCGGCUGCAAAACCAUCUGCUGUCGAGUCAAGCGGGAGUGUUGGUGCAGAACGGACCCUUCCCGCCCGUGGUCGCGGUGCCCGUGCAACAGGCGAGAGAAACCACGGUAGCAGGAGUAUCAGUAGGCGCCAGCACAUCGUCCCCUCGUCGCGUAUCCGCCCCACUAGUCCACUUAGCCCCCGCCUCCCUCGCCCACAAACCCCUCCAAAUCCACCAGCCACCCCACUCUACCCCACUAGUGGUGGCCCAAUCCCACACCAUACACCACGUGGCGCCGAACAAAUUGAAAGUGCUCCACGCUCAUCCUCUCACUCAGACGCAAAGGACGCAGUUACUGGCCCAGAAUAGGAGCAUAGCGCAGUUACCAGCUGUGGUCUCACUGUCGCCGCUUGGGGAAGCUAAAACUACUAAUACUGCUCUCCUAAAAGCGGCCCCCGGUUCAGUGGCUCAAUUCUUCGAGAUCAAGAGCGGUCAGCUCGGCAAGGGCCCGCACCUCGUCAACGUGGUGCGACAACCGCAGCCCGCCAAGUGUGCGCGCGCCGACGCGCCGCCAGCCCCUACGGCGAAACGACAACUGGUGUCGCUGGACGGAGCCGCUUUGAAAGGACCGCAGCGAGUUAGUUUGAGCCUCGAUGGACGGCCGUUGCUGCGAGCCGCGCUGCCUGCUGUCAGAGCGCAGCCUCUAAGGCACCAGAUCCAACUCAAGAACCGCACGACCACGCUGCAAGUGGCCACGCCGAUCGCCCGGAGUUCCGCGGAGCCGUCGUCGUCGAUCGCCGCCAUUCCGACGCCGUCCAAAACGGCUUCUAUACCCAGCGCCGUGGUGGCUAGCUUGCUGCAGCAGACCAAGGGCGUGCAGUUGGGCAAGGGCGGCCAAAAGAUAGCCAUCUCGGGCCCCGGCGGGCAGGCGCUGGCCGCCAACGUGCAGGCCAUCGCCUUCACCGCGGCGCAGCUGCGCGCGCGCCAGGCCCGCCUGCAGCCGCCCGCCAAGCCCAAACCCGAGCUAGCAGAGGCCUCUGCAGUCCCGGCAGCGCCAGCCCUAUCGGCGCCGCCAGCGACCGGCGGCGACGAACCGGCGCCAAACGGCUCCGUCCGGCGCCGCGCCGCCGACACGCUGCCCAUGGAGGUCACGUGACACCGCCGCCCGCCCGCGCCCGUGCCGGCCUGCUAGUGAUGUGCGAGAGUCGAUUGCCGAUAUCGAUGAGAUUCGUGUUGUGUAAAAAAUUAAAAAUCUUCAAAAAAUGCGUCGAUACUUCGUUAUGUAUAUCUUUACUGGCUUUCGUGUGUCGAUAGCGCCGUUGUCGAUGGUUUAUGUUGAUGCAUAGACAAAAUCACGAAUUAAUGGCUUGUAAUAAUUCUUCUACCGAUAAAUGGCUGGUAUCGGUAACUUUAUAAAAUCUUAUGUACUUUUAAAUUGCCGAAUUUCGAAAUAUCAAAAUACUUUUCCUAUAAUGUUGUAUCAAAACUAUAAAUAGUGAUGCUCACAGGCGCUAUAGAUAGUGUUGGCACGUGGCAAUACUAUCGAUAGUAGCUUCUCACUCAUAUUGCCUCAAUCAUCGACAGUUUAUCGACACGCAAACUAUAUCAGCGGCGACGGCAGCACUCGUAUGGAGUUCUCAGUGCGAUGGCCCGGCGGUGGCCUAAUGGCCCGAUAAUGUGCUCUUGGACUAUAGAAACUUCAUCAAUAGGCCUAAUACAGGCCCCUGUAGGCCUUUCAUACGGUGGGCCUGUCAGGCCCCAUAGGCCAGGUCUGUGGAUUAGCAAAAAAGUUCUGGUAGGCCUGAUAUAUUUAGGCCUAAACGCUUUGGUGUUCUGGCAAGCCUGAUAAAACGAUUGAGGCAGUGAUAGUCAUUUAACAACUUAAUAUCCAAUUCAAUAGCUAAUUAAUAAUGUAUUCGUAGCCUGAAUGUGUUUUAUGAGGCAGAACAAUCAAGGCCGCACUAGAUUUCACAGGCUUGAAGAAAACAAGUG